AUGUCUCAGUUUCGAGUUCCCAUCUAUAUUUUUGCAGCAGCAACUUUAGCCCUAAUCACUAAAGAGUUGCUCAAAGCUACAUGCUAUAGCAUUAGUCCGAAAGAAUUUGUACAGAUUCGUGCAGCGGAACCACCAAUUGAAGAAAUUCCAGAAUCAGGAUUGCAAAAAAUCUUUAUCAAAAUUUCACUGUCAUUUUUACAUCAAGCACGUAAAAAACAUUUCUGUAUCAAAAUGAACUGCAGAUUAGUCGCAAUUACCACUUCAUCGAUUCUUGCAUUGACUGUUGUCUCCUAUUUUGGCUAUAAAUUCUAUAUACAAUAUACAACACCAGCUGAAAUGAUUGAGGAAGUAAUGGAAGAGGUUACAAAGAAAAAGAAGAACCUAUUUAAAAAGGCUAAUCCAUAA